AUGAGUGCCUCCCCAACGCUAGUGGAUGUGGAACGCUCGACAAAGAAGGGUCAAAGUGGGACCAACGAAGAUGUGUUGGAUUCGUUUUCUGAUAUAGAAGCUGAUGGAGAAGAUGGAAUCCCCGCAAAAAUUGAGUCAAAGUUUAACAACUCUGAGGUGAGUUCUGUUGAGGAUUUGGUGGAUCAACACAGUAAACAAAAUGUUACGUAUGCUAUUAUGGUGUCUGAUGGUGCUAUCCCAUCGAUAUGUUUCUCUGAUAGGGUUCAUGAUCAGAUAGACAGGAAUACGCGCAACGCAAUCAUCGUCUGUCUCCUUGGGCGCACGAUUGGCUGCAAGACCAUGGUGACUCGUGUUCAUGCUCUUUGGAAACCCGCUGGAGAAAUGCAACUUAUUGAUCUUGACAACAAUUAUUUUUUGGUUCGGUUUACAGAUGAAAGGGACUUCACGAAUGUUCUCACAAAGGGUCCGUGGAUGAUUUACGGUAGUUACUUAACGAUACAACCUUGGAGUCAAUCCUUCAAGAUGUCGGAAAAGCACCCCUCUCAUGUGGUUGUUUGGAUCCGUCUUCCUGGCUUGCCCUAUCGUUAUUAUACCAAGGCACUUUUUUGUUAUAUUGCUUCUUUUAUUGGUAGGGUUAUUAAGAUUGAUUAUAAUACUGAUGGUGGGGAGCGUGGAAAGUUUGCAAGGUUAGAUGUUCUUGUUGACCUUAAUAAACCCUUCUUAUCUUGUAUCCGUGUUGAUGGUUCCAUUAAAAAACUUGAGUAUGAAGGAUUGCAACAAGUUUGUUUUGCUUGUGGAGUGCGUCGUCGUACGGUGUCGAAUAACCCAUCGAUGAAAAUGUCUCCAAAGCCUUCUUUUGGUGGCUCUCGCUUUGCUGUCCUUGAGGGUAGUGUUAAUAACGAUGUCAAUCCGGAUGGAUUGGAUGGAUCAUCUUCAAUGCAGCAUGGUGGAAUAAAGAGCUUCCAAAACCAUGAUCAUGAGAGAAGUAUUAUGAAACGCAAGACACUGGAAUUACAUCGGAUUGCGGCUUAUAUGACCUCAAACCCGGAGAAGAAAAACAAGGCUGUUAGAAAUGCUAUUCAAUCUGUGGAAGUUAUUUUUCUAAUCGAGAAUCAAGGUGCUUAG